UGCGGCAGGCUGAUGAUGGGGGAGAGCGGGCUCGGUGUUUGGCGAAGCGCGAGCGCGAGGUGAGGGCGAGGGUGAGGGAUGGGGUUGGCUUGGCCUGGUCUGGUUUGCUUGGUUUGCGGGGGCGAGAUGGGCGGUGUUGAUAGGCGUUUGGUGCGUCGUGUGGUAGGACGGAAGCGUUGCGUUGCGCGGCGUUGCUGAAGUUGAUGAUGAUGCUGCUGCUACUGUCGAAGGGUAGGAGUGUAUGUACUCACCUAUGCAUCUCUGUACCUACCAAUUCGCAUUUCGACGAGGGUAGUAGACUCUAUCUCUCCUGCCUCAACCUCACCCUCAACCUACCUACUUCCCUCGCGCCUCUCCAUCACCACCCAAUCCUCCCACAACAACCACCGAUCACCAAACCAACCCAAAGCAGCACCUACCCAAUCCGUCCUCUUCCCGCGCAACAGCACGCACAAUCCCCCACCUGCCCUCACCAUCCAACCACGCACCAACCGCACAAACCACAAAACGCAACCAAGCAAGCAGCAACGGCAAACCAACCCUCACGGCUCCACACCCGCAACUCCACCCCCAGCUCCAGCCCCAGCACCAGCUCCCACGCGCCCGGAUGUGCCCGCCCAUCCACGUACCCACGCCGACGCCGCGCGGCGCCGCGCCACUCUUCCUCCUUCAUGCAGCGCCCGCAAGGCCCGACCCGGCUCCCGGCGCCGUCGCUGCGCUAGCUAGCUGACGCGGCGGGCCUGCGAGUGAGUAUCUACGUACGGCGCCAGGAGACCGGAGCGGCGGGUGCGGUGCAGCAGCGGCGCGGUGCUAAGGACGGGGGGCGUAUGCUAUAGACAGGCAGGCACGCAAGCGGGCGGGAAGCGUACAAUAGGUAGGAUGGGGCCAUGCACGACACAUUUAGGGGUGGGUAGGUCUGCUUACUUAUUUGCUAUUGUAGCUAGUGUUAUCGAGCAUUAAGUGCGCAUGGUACGGACGUAUGGAUG